AUGACUUCCGAUACAUACUCUUUGAGCGAGGUCAUCAAGGUGGCCGAAAUUCAUCCUUUCUAUAAGGCCGAUCGGAAGUACCCGCCUGAUCCAGAAGCCAUUCAGAAGGCCCUUCAACAUUCAUCGACAGAGUCAAAGCAGACUGACCUUCAUUUGCAACCUUUGCUCAGAAAAGACGACAUUUAUCGUGUCAUCAAACGACUUACCAAUGACACAGAUCCGAGAAAUGAAUACCGGCGAAGCGUGUAUAUCAGUACCACAGGAGGAGGCUCCGGUGGGCUACCAUUGAUGUUUGCGACCGACACGAAGGAAAACCGCAAGCAGAGGGCAGUGUUUGGGGAAUUUCUGAGAAUCUGCAAAGUCAUUGAGCCCAACGACUGGGUUCUCUCGACCCACACAUCAGGGUUUCUUUACAGGUCCCUCGACCUUGUCAGUGAAAUCCUGGAAAACGCAGGAGCAUCUGUUCUAUGUGCAGGAAGUCGUAUGGAUGCUGCAGAGGUUGUCCACACAUUGAUCAACUAUCGUGUGAAUGUUUUGACAGGGGACAGUAGUCAAAUCAUUCAUAUUGUCCACCAUAUUUCGACCCUUCCGGCUGAACAGAGAAGUGAAAUCAGGGUCAACAAAGUGAUUUAUACCUCCGACUUGAUGACAUAUACCCAGAGAAGUUAUAUCUUGAAGGUUCUGGGUGCUGUGAAGAUUCUGUCAAUUCUGGGCAGUGCCGAGGCCGGUCCAUACGCAAUCGCCAACCCUGACAUCACCGGACGCUGUAUUUCUUCGGCAAGAGACUUUGUCUUUGAUACCCGCACUAUGCUCAUUGAGAUUCUUCACUCCUCUACCAUCAAUGAGGACUCUUCCUUUGGAAAGUUUGGCGGGAAACCGGUCCCCGAGGGGGAACAGGGAAUUAUUGUCCAGACGUCACUGCAACGGUUACGCAAUCCUCUUGUGCGGUAUAUAACAGGAGACGUCGGGUCAAUCCAUAGAAUUCCUGAGGCUGCCGCUGAACUUCUUCCGGAGUCAGAACUAGAAUACCUUCGAGUCCUCCGUCUUGGAGGUCGGGAUCGUCGGUUCAGCUUCAAAUGGUUCGGCGAGUAUUUCAAUUUCGAAGAGAUCGAGAACCUCAUGCAGACCGAGGGCUCGGGGAUCCUACAAUGGCAAGUGAUCCUGGACUCUUUUGAUUCAUCUCCACAGUCCACUUUGGAGGUUCGCAUGCUUCGUGCUGCUGCAGGCGAGGGGGUUAUGAAUAGAGAAACUUUUGUGGCCCUGGUUGAAACUUUCUUCUUCGUCUUCCCUGAAAACCGACACCUAUUCAGAGUGAACCUCCUGGAUGACCUCGAGGGAUUUGAGAAGAGCAGCACGGGCAGCAAGAUCAUGAAGCUUGUCAAUAGAUUUGAUUAA